AUGACAACGCCGUCUAAUCCAACCCAGCCACCACUAAUACAGCGACAAUCGUCGUCUGCUAAUGUUCAAACGAGUAGUUUAGAGAGAAGACCCAGUGCCUUGUCUUUCACCGACUUACCUCCAACUUCGCAUCCUGAUACACAUCCAUUCCAUCCACACGCUCAACCGACUGUUUCAGGUCUUAGUAGAGCUCUUACAGACAAGAAAAAACCCAUUACAGGUGUUGCAGUUCGUCGAAACAGUGUUGAUAGCGAGAAUUUACAUAGUCCGAAGGGUAGUAAAGGACUUGAGAACUCCGCGCAGACAACUAAUUCUCCAGUAAUUGCACCAACUCAAGUUCGAGAUCAUGAAGUGGUGCAACACACACAGCAACGACAACCUCAUCAACAACACCCUCUGCCAGGACCCAAUAGUACAGCCAACUCGAAAGCAACUCAACACAAAUACCAACAGCAUCAACAACAUACAAUUGGGCAAGGAGGCGGAACUGGCACUGGGUCUGGUAGUGAAGAUGAUGGGAAAGUUCAUAUUUUGUUAGCGGUUACGGGAUCAGUUGCAACCAUCAAGAUCGCUCUUAUCAUAGGAAAGCUGAAACAAGUGUAUAAAGAUCAAGCUGAGAUUCAGCUAAUAGUUACUGCAUCGGCACAACAUUUCAUGACUGGACUCAAGAUUCCACCCGAUGUAAAAGUGUGGCACGACAAUGAUGAGUGGGAUUCUCGGCAUGGCGUAGCUGAGACCAUGCUUCAUGUGCGGUUGAGGCGCUGGGCUGAUGUUCUUUUAAUUGCUCCUUUGUCGGCGAAUACACUAGCCAAAAUAGCGAAUGGAAUAUGCAACAACCUUAUUACAUCAGUCAUUCGAUCUUGGAACCCUGCUGUUCCGAUUCUCAUUGCUCCCGCCAUGAACACACACAUGUACACGAAUCCAGUGACGAAAAAGCACCUGUCAAUUAUCAAGGAGGAUUUUACUUGGAUUGAGACUUUGAAGCCAGUUGAAAAGGUUCUCGUGUGCGGUGAUAUUGGCAUGGGAGGAAUGAGGGAAUGGUCUGACAUUGUCGAUACUCUGGUCAAGCGACUAGGCGGGCCAUCUGAUGAUGACGAUGACGAAGACGACGACGACGAUGCUGAAAGGACACGAGACGGUGACGAUGAAGACGACGACUAA